AUGAGUUCCCACACAUCUUGUUGCUCAUACCUUUGGGUUCUCGCAAUCUUUACAUUGUUUCAUUGUUCUUUGUCUGUUGAAAACAGCAGCAAUAUUCAAUGUAACAGUAGCAACGAAGAUUGCUGCAAAUGGUACGGGAUCACCUGCAACAAUCAAACCGGUCAUGUCAGCAAGAUUAGCCUUCGCGGGCCAGAUGACCCAGCCGACUUAGAAUCCCAAGAAGCAUCUAUACAAAGAUUUGGAGGGAAAAUCAACCCUUCUUUGCGUAAUUUAACUUCACUCGAGUACUUAGACUUGAGCUGCAAUGACUUUGGAGGCAACCCGAUUCCUACGUACAUUGGGUCACUCCAGAACUUGAAAUAUCUGAAUCUUUCCGAGUCAAGAUUCUCAGGGGAAAUACCAAGUCAACUAGGGAAUCUUUCCGCAUUACAGGUUCUCAGCGUCGGGAAUCGUUAUAGUGCUGAUCAAUAUGUGCAACAGGUGAAGAGUUUGCAGUGGCUGUCGGGUCUUUCUUUGUUGCGCCACCUUGACAUGAGCGGGGCUCAACUCGGUGAAGUGUUUGAUUGGGUACAGGUGACACAAAACUUGCUCCCUUCUUCCCUUGUCGAAUUGUAUUUGGCGUAUUGUGGACUUCCUCCAAUCACAACUAGUUUAACUAUGGUUAAUCUUAGUUCACUUGAGAUUCUUGAUCUUUCCUAUAAUAAUUUCAGUACUAACUCAAUACCGGGUUGGAUUACUAGCUUACAGAGCCUUGUUUCCUUAAACCUUGCUUUCUGUGAAUUCAAUGGUCCAGUUCCUGCUGGUCUUAUGGACAUGAUUUCCCUUACCACCCUUGAUUUGUCAAAUAAUCAACUCACAGGUAUUCAAACUCGGCGUAAUUUGUCUACAGUAAACAUCUGUAGCUUGGAAGAAAUCAAUCUUUCCUGGAACAAAUUUAAUGGAAAAAGUCUGUUAGACGUCCUACCAAAUUUGUUCGAAUGUGAAUCAUCUAAACUCGAGUCUUUAAGGUUUAUAUCAAGUGGGCUUUCUGGUAAUCUACCAUCCCAACUUGGUAAUCUGAAGAAUUUGGUUCACAUUGAUCUUUAUGGCAAUUCUAUAUCUGGGCUAAUCCCAGAUUCUUUGGGGAAUUUAUCAUCCUUACAAACUCUAGAACUCGGGGAUAAUUUACAUUCGGGCCCAAUCCCGGACUCGAUGGGACGGUUAUCAUCUUUGCUAUCAAUGCAUCUUCCUUUCAAUUCAAUAUCUGGCCCACUCCCCGAUUCUUUAGGAGAAUUAUCGUCUUUGGGGGACUUGGAUCUUUCGUAUAAUGAAAUCAAUGGAACUCUUCCUCACAGUGUUGGUCGACUUACAAAUCUAACGAGCCUAAACAUUGAGCACAAUUUGUUAACAGGUAUCGUGACCGAAGAUCAUUUUGGUAAUCUCACGAAUCUAAUCAUUUUGCGAGCAGAUGCAAACCUGUUAAGACUCGAGUUAUCGUCUAAGAACUGGGAACCACCUUUCAAACUCCAAAUAUUGAGCAUAAAUUCAUGGAGUUUAGGUCCAUCGUUCCCUUCUUGGCUUCAAAACCAGACCAAUCUAUCUAUCUUGUAUCUGGCCAGUAGCGGAAUUUCAGAUAACAUUCCAAGUUGGUUCUGGACAACAUUUUCGGGUUUGAAGUAUCUGAAUAUCUCAGAUAAUAACUUAUCCAAUGUGUCAACUGACAAUUUCUUUUGUCCUAAAACAGAUGCAGAACGGAAACAGAUUAUAUAUAUGAAUCUGGGGAAUACUAAUCUUUCAGGUAUUGUUCCUGAUUGCUGGACAUCCUGGGAAUUCUUAAAUAACUUGAACCUCCAAAAUAAUAAUCUCACUGGUGCAAUCCCAAAAUCUUUGGCUAAUCUAUCCUCUCUAGAAUCAUUAAACAUGCGCAACAACAAGCUCUCGCAAGAAUUACCCCUGGAUCUAAUGAAUUCAAAGAGCUUAAAGAUCAUUGACCUUGCUGAAAAUGAACUCACUGGAAGCAUACCAAUAUCAACGGGCAGAGAAGCUACGGUUUUAAAGCUUCUCAACCUUCGUUCCAACAAACUAAUCGGCGAAAUCCCAAAUGAAAUCUGUAAACUAGAUUCUAUUCAAAUACUAGACCUUGCAGACAACAGUCUUUCGGGAAAGAUACCAAACUGCUUCAACAAUUUUAGUGUCAUGACAGGAAAAGUGAACCCAAGCCAGGAAGUCGACUUAGACGGGGAAGAAUUUAGGGGCAGUGCUUGGUUGGUAUUGAAAGGAAGGAUGAACGGAUAUAGCAGCAUUCUCGGUCUAGUCACAAUCUUGGAUCUUUCAGGGAAUGAUUUAUCAGGGUCUAUCCCAAGUGAGAUCACGCAGUUGGUAGAGUUACAUUAUAUAAAUUUUUCAAGUAACACAUUAACAGGAAGAAUCCCGGAUAAGAUUGAUGACAUGAAGCUGUUAGAAUCUCUAGACUUGUCAAAGAACCGGUUGAAUGGAAGCAUUCCUUCAAGCCUGUCAAGAUUAAGUUUCUUGAACUGGUUAAACUUGUCAUACAACAAUUUGACAGGAAGAAUUCCAUCAAGCACUCAACUUCAAAGCUUAGGUGAAUCUAGUUUUAUCGGAAAUCAGCUGUGUGGAGUUCCGGUUCAAGUAAGGUGUGAAAGGCAGGGUGGUGAAGCGACGGGGGAUGCCGGUGAAAGACAAGCUAGUAAUGGGUCGGGCGGGCCAGAUUGGGGACUAAUUACAAGCAUACUGGCUGGGUUUGUGGUAGGAUUUUGGGUUGUUGUGGGUCCGUUAAUCGCAAGCAAGCUAUGGAGAACUAAAUUUUAUGAUAUUAUCUAUGAUGUAAUACCCAGGGUUAAACUAUUCGAUUCAAGGAAUAGAUCUACAGAAAGCAGCUUCUGA